UGGAACUGCGCUCUGAAAUACAAUUCACUGUUGCUUUAUUUUUUCCUGUUCAGAUUGUUCGCUUUUCUGUUUUUUAUUCAAUUCUUCAGUCAUCGUUUAACUGCGUUGUAGGUUGUGUGAAAAUAAAAUUCGAGCUACAGAAAUUUUAGCUAACCAUCUUCAUCAUCAAUUGGUUUUUUUUUAUUUUAGUGGAAAAUAGUAAAUCGUUCGUUAGAUUGCAUUUCGAUCGACAGUCACAUUAUUUGCCAAAGAAUUUUCUACCAUAUUCGUGACGCGUAGUUAUUAAAAAGUUAAAGAGAAAGAAAAACAUUUCUGUUUUGAAAACACCAUUUUCACUGUGCGAAAAAAAAGAAGAAGAGUUGUGCAAUGCCUUUCAUUUCGAAAGAUUGGAGGAGUCCAGGAGAAGCCUGGGUGAAAACAGAAGAUGGUUGGGAAAAGCUUAAAGUUCUUGAAUGUGGAAAACGUAAAAGAUGCAGCAGUGAAUGCAGUAAUUCAUCAGAAAUUUGUGAUAGCGAAAAUUGGACAUCAUCAACGGAUCUAGCCGAAACGGAAGUACCACCUCAUUGUCAUAUAACCAUCCGUUGUACGCGUGAAAUAGCUGGUUUUAAUGGUUUGGGUGAAGCUGUUAAACGAUUGGAUUUUCGUAGCUCAGUACGAGAUAGACGCCGUUUCCAAUAUAUUUGUGCACUUCUUCGACUAUUAGUCGCUGGAAAAGGAAUUGCAAGUCUUCCCGGUAGUGCUCAACGUUUAUUGCUUCAGAUGUUGGAAGAAGUUGCUUCUCACGUGUGCGAACAACAACAAAACAUAAAUAUCUUACGAGGCCUUGCUAUGCAGCUACAGAAAAUUGUUAGACAAGAAAAUCAAAAGUGUUGGGGUAAACCGUUGGGCAGCCAGAGCUUAUGGAAUGGUCACGUGCAAACUAUAAAACGAAUUCAGGAUAUGGCUAGUCAUGUUACGAUAAAUGAGCCCGAUCCAGAAGUGCGUCCGAAGCUGCACGAACUACCCGAGGAGUGUAUUCGUGAAAUAAUUCUUCGCAUAUCUGAUUAUCAUGAUUUAGAAUCAUCGUCGGCGGCCUGGUCAUUGAUGGCAGCUAUAGUAUCGGAACAAAGAGUCUGGCGCGAAUUAACUCAAUUCCAUUUUACUCAGGAACAAAUUAAUCUAAUCAUAGUCACGAAAUUUAGUACCGAUGAACGAAAAGAUUGGCAAAAAAUAUUCCACGAAUUGAGACGGAAGUACGGAAUUCGUGACGAUCACCAGUACUCGGAGGUGUUAGUACUUUGCCGUUUCUGUUGUUGCUUAUUUUGGCCAUCAGCUGGCCAUCCGUGUAUCGCAGAUCAAUCGCCCGAUUUUCGAGCACGACUCAAAGAUGCUGGCACGGAAAUCGAAGACGCACAGCCAGUUCCACCUGCCCAAUUUUUAAAGUAUUUUUCGUUAUAAGCGAACGAAUGUCCGGUGUGAUUUGACGGUGAGAUAAAUUAUCCAUAAAUUUAGAAAAAGAAAAACGUAAAAUGAAAUUGUUCUAUGCAAGAUGAAGAGUAUUUUAAGCGCAGAAAAUGGAACAUUUUAACCAAGAAUUCUAAUUAGAUGACAAAGGAAGAUAAUUU